AUGUCAAGCCGCCGUCUCAUUUUAAUCGACCAUCCUUAUCUUGUCUUCAAUGCUCUAACUUUUGUCACGGCAGUACUGGCAACGUCUUCGCCGUCUCUUAUUCCUGCUGUACUUCACCUAUCUGCCCUUCUCGUCUAUACCCCCUUGCUCGUGAAUCGUCCCAGCGCAAACAAGCAGGCUGCUUUCUUGUGGAUUAACUUGUCUUUCGCAAAAUUUGUCAUUUUCUUUGCACCGGCCAUUCAUGCGCUUUCCUCACCCGCUCCUUCCCUGGCCCUCCUCUUCCUCGGGGGGUUAAUUACCUCAGCCAUAACUCUAGCUACCCUUUACAUUCACACCAAACUCAGAUCACGGUUGCUAUCAGCAUGGUCCCAGAUCAUGUUAUUUCCCGCAUUAUGGGCUGCUGUAUGGUGGGGAGUAUCUUCUGUCAGUCCGAUCGGACGUCUCACCUCAUGGACACCAGUCGUUGACACCAUGGGGUACAGUUGGAUGUUAAAGUGGCUAGGGCCGGUAAUGGAUGAUUGGAUUACCGCAGCUUGGGCGGUCGUCAUCUCUGAAAUUGCUGGAGCGUGGCUUAUGAGCUCAGAAUCCCUCGAGGAAGAGGAGCCGUUACUUGGGAAUCGCGGUCCGGGUUCAAAAAAUGAAACAACAGCAGCAGCUUCUAUGCCUUCGUGGCGUUGCAUUCUGUAUCUGUCCACUCUCCUAGCAGUUUCGACAAUACCCUCGUUUAUUGUCUCCGACAUUGUACUCUUUGGAUACCACUCCGUUCAGCAAACCAAGAAGCUUGAUGGACAGGCUCAAGUUUUGUUGUGGCCUGAAGGUGCAGUCACCUUUCGGGACGAGUCUCAGCGAGCUGCGGCUUUAGCAGAAGUACAGAAGACGAUCCGGGGAUCCCUUGUGGGGGUCUCCUUUGAAGAGUCUGUUAAGGACCCUUCCGAUGCCACUGGCCGGAGCCUUUUGAGACGAAAUGGCAUGGUUGUUGUCUCUAACAAGUCUUCCUCACCUCAUUUGGAAUACUACAAACGACACCUUGUCCCCGUUGCCGAAUCAUUUUCUCUGGUACAUUCUACUACACCCGCGACCAUUUAUACCAUGGAAAUGAAGAAUCCGUCGGACGUGAAAAAGCCGGAUUGGGCACCUCCUCCCAAGUUUACGAGGCCCGUUCCGAUGACGGCUUCCAUUUGCCUUGACUUUGCCAUCCCCGGGACUUUGGCUGCGCUUGGCACUAGACCGGCUCUUAUUCUAGCUCCUGCCAGAACAUGGGAGCCCACAGUAGGUUUGGCCAUGUGGGAACAAGCAAAACGCCGUGCGGCAGAACUGGACAGCACGAUUUUAUGGUGCGACGGGGGUGAUGGCGGAGUAAGUGGCGUAUCGGGUAAGGGAAUCACGGAAGUUACACAAGUUGGGGAAGGGUCCUGGGUGCGUAGCUACCCUUUUAACGAAGAACGCACGGUGUAUGGUAUUAGGGGAAAUUCUAUUGCCAUGGUUUUCAUCGGAAUCAUAUUCGCAGGUGGGUUUGCCAGAGCUAUUCCCUGGCCGACCUUGGGAAACCUUCACAUUGGCUGGGUGAAAGAGAAGUAUGCUCGUUUCCGCGCGAUGCUUGGACGGAACGAGACGCCGGAUCUUGUGGACUUUUAUCGACGAAGCCGCCUGUUCUGCACGAGUCCAAAUUUCAAGAACAAGUCAAAAGAUACAACGGCGUCUCUCAAUUCUGUACGGUCGAGAUUUGCUAGACGCCCACGCGGCUCUUUGCGACUCUUACCUCAUAACAGUCACAUACAGCCUGCUGUUGGCAUCAACGACGAGGAGGAUGACGACGCAUCCAGCGGUUUCUUCGUCGUGACUGCCGCCGACCUUCCCAUCAGCCUCGACAGUCCUCAGCAACUGACGCUUACCUGGAACAGCGACAAGCCCACCAAUCUAUCCCCGACACCUUGCAGCACUUCACCGCCUUCUGUCGUGAACGACGUUUCUGUACUCAACCGCUUCAGAAAUCAUUCACGAGUUUCCAUCUUUCCACGACGGAGGCUGCGACUGCCCUUGCCAAAGAACAAGGGCAAUCAUACCUCGGAUCCCAUUCUCGACGACUUUCCUGACCCUCCCACUCAUAUCCCUACUCCCACUGACGCGACCUCAGCAGUCAAUUUCGCGCCACACAGCGUCUCUUACCUCGUCUCUGUCGACACAGAGACGUCCAAGAAACGCCGUAUUUUCUCUACAGAAAGCCUCAAAUCGCUCACCAAGCGAGUAAAGUGGAGACGUCGACAGGCCGACCUCUCUCCUUUGCACGAGUUACCAAUCUCUAUCGAGAAGCCAUUGCCACCCACCCCAACGGAAGAGUACACGACUGUACCUCCAGUUAUCACUUACUGUGUGGUCGACCCCGUUGAGCUAACAGCUUCCCCAUCACCGCAUAUUGGUCUUGACCUCUGUGCUCCUUCUGCACGGACAUCCUUCCUCCCACCCUCACCUUCUUGGUUGAGCCGAAACCUUCCGGCACCAUACAGAGUCCCAAGCUACGAUUCGACUGUUCCAGAAGCUUCUACAGUCCCAGCGUCACCUCCACCACUGCCCAUACCCCCUCGCCUUGCUGAACCUUCUCUUCAGGGAGAUUCUCCCCCUCUCUCCCCGCUGGAAGUCACAAGCUGGCUCACUCACCUUGAAACCUUCAAGUUUUCGAAGAACAACUCUGCGUCGUCCCUGAUUCAGUAUAGAUCACUAUCUCGGCGUUCAUCUGUGAAAUCUAUUUCGACGCAGUCCUUCUUCACAUACUCAGCUAGUGGAAAGGAAAACCAGGUGCACUCAUCUAAGGACCAUUCAAGUCUGCUACUUAAACCCUCCGGAUCACCACCUUCACUUCCCCACGAAUCUCCGGCAAGUGCAAAACCAGGUUCUUCCCCUACCCUUUGCUCAGUCUCAAUCCGUACACAUAUUCAUCCCCUGCUUUCGCCACAACCAUCUCUCAAACACCCAGUUCUUUCGGAAGACCGUCAGAUCUUUAUUCCGACAGCUCAUCCUGAUACUGAUAUCAACGAUCCCUCUGAUUUCUUAACCACUGCUUUUGAAAGCGUCUUUUCCGAAGCCAGAGGACACCUUUUGAAUAUGGAUCUUUACGGAAAGACUGGAGAAGUUAUUGAUUUUGGUGGCGAGGUGGAUUAUUCUGGAGCCGCGUGGUUCCAAGACGUCCCACAAAGACCUACACCGGCGCCACAAAGCGUUGGGACGCCGUAUGUGCCUGAUCCAGACGUCAUAACUCAGAACGAGGCCUUUGAAUACGCACUCACUGCGGCACCUAAUCUGGGCGUCUUGGCGUGGUGUUCCGAAUUUGGUGAACUCAUCGACAAUCUCAAGGAGAUGGGAUUCGCCGGCAACAUGUUCGUCAGUACCCGAUCUCAAGCACUGAAGACGUGCGACGAGAUACUCAGGCUGAGGCUUACGGAUGUGAAGAUGCAGAUCAUCGUUAUGUAUCUUUCUUCGCAAGUUUCACGCCUCAGACGCUUUUUGGAUGGAGACCGUGUAUGGGAUGAUUAUCCUGAACUGACAUUCCCACUGGAGCCGAUGAAGCAUCAGGCAACAUCGUAG